AUGGUGGAAUUUCUCGACAAGUUAAAAAAUAUUGGUUUCGACCACGCCACCUGCUCGGGAAUUAGUAUUUCCCCCUUUGAAGUAGAGAAAAUUGUCCCCAACAAAGAAAAAAUUUUAGCGGCAACUGAAAAAAAAGCGACCCAAAUUAACGACCAUUUUACUCAGGGUUUCUAUAGCGAAGAAGAAAGAAAACAAAGAAUGAUUACCAUUCAGGAGCUCGAGCUAGUGAUGAAAGUAUCACCCAAAUUUUCGGCAUGCGAGUUCCAAAUUUCAACUCUUGGAGCAACCAAAGGAAUGAUUGAUAUUGCCUUAAAAACGGCCGAAGCGGGCUAUUUAACCCGCCGCUUGGUAGAAUCAGCCCAAAGUUUAAUUAUUCUUUCUCCCGAUUGCGGAACCAAUUCCAUUUCGUUCUUGACUGAAAACGAUCUGUCCCUUGAAAAAAGGAUUUAUGGUCGCUAUUUAGCCCAAGACAUUUUGAACCAAAAGGGAAAAAUUGUUUUAGCCCGUAAUACCCUUUUAUUAGAAAAAGAAAUCAAGAUAAUUCAAGACCAUAAAGUUAUGGAAGUGGGAGUUUUUUCUCCGCUGACUUGUCAAUUAGUAGACGGAAUUUGCCAAAAGUGUUAUGGUCUGGACUUGAGCCGACCUGGUGAACCAGUGGCUCUGGGGACAGCCGUCGGAAUAAUUGCGGCUCAAUCAUUAGGAGAACCCGGAACUCAAUUGACCAUGCGGACUUUCCACCGAGGGGGAAUAGCUGGUGACGAAGAUAUUACUCAAGGUUUGCCAAAGGUCAAACAAAUAUUUGAUAACAUUAAACCAGAAAAAGACGAGAAAGCUAUUUUAGCACAGUUUUCCGGAGAAAUAGUAAGCGUGGAGGAAAAAAAAAUCAAACAAAAAAAUGAGGAAAGUGGGGAAGUUAAAACUUAUCCUCUAGGAAAGAAAAUAGCCGCCCGAGUCAACCCUGGGGAUUUGGUAAAAAAAGGAGAAAGAUUGACCGGCGGAAAGAUAGAUUUAGAAGAAUAUUUAGAAAUUAUGGGUCGAGAAAAAUGUCAAGAUUACAUUAGAGAAGGCGUGCGAAAAGUCUACGAUAACCAAGGCAUAGACAUCAAUGAAAAACACAUUGAAAUAUUCGCUCGGCAAAUGCUCUCCAAGGUCGAAAUAAUUAACAGUGGGGACAGUGAUUAUCUG